GGGGGAGGGGGAGGGUCGGAGGUGACAAUGGCGGCGGCCUUGGCGGACGAGGAGAUCGACAACGAUGACUUUUACGCGCUUCUGAACGUCAGGAGGGAGGCCACAUUGGAUGAGCUUAAAGCUGCCUAUCGCCGGUUGUGCAUGCUCUACCACCCUGACAAGCACCGAGACCCUGAGCUGAAACAGAAAGCAGAGUCUCUCUUUAACUUAGUUCAUCAAGCCUAUGAAGUACUUAGUGAUCCGCAGAGCAGAGCCAUCUAUGAUAUCUACGGUAAAAAAGGCCUGGAUAUGGAAGGCUGGGAGGUGGUAGAGAGGAAGAAGACAGCGACUGAAAUACGGGAAGAGUUCGAGAGGCUACAACAAGAGCGGGAAGAGAGGCGACUGCAACAAAGAACGAACCCCAAGGGGACGAUAAGCGUUGGUGUGGACGCAACGGAUCUAUUCGACCGCUAUGAGGAAGAGUUUGAAGAGGCGAGGAGUGGCUUUCCUCAUAUUGAGAUUAAUAAAAUGCACAUAUCCCAAUCUAUUGAGGCUCCUCUAACUACGACGGAUACAGCGGUGCUGUCAGGCAGCCUCUCCACACAGAAUGGAAAUGGCGGUGGCUCAAUCAAUGUUGCAUUUAGGCGGGUGACGUCUGCAAAAGGUUGGGGAGAGUUGGAAUUCGGAGCGGGAGAUCUUCAAGGACCUUUGUUCGGGGUGAAGUUAUUUCGAAACCUCACGUCACGCUGUUUUAUUACCACUCACUGCGCACUACAGUUCUCCUCCCGUGGAGCACGCCCUGGCCUGACCACAGUCCUGGCCCGGAACCUCGACAAGAACACAAUGGGUUACCUGCAAUGGCGAUGGGGCAUGCAGUCUGCCAUGAACACCAGUGUUGUGCGGGACACCAAAUCUAGCCAUUGUACAUUAGCGUUCCAGCUCGGCAUUCCCCAUUCAUUCGUACUGUUGAGCUAUCAGUACAAGUUCCAGGACGACGAUCAAACCAAGGUGAAGGGAUCCAUCAAGUCGGGUUUCUUUGGCACUGUGCUCGAAUACGGUGCUGAGAGGAAAAUCUCCAGACACAGUGUUUUGGGAGCAACGGUCAGCAUAGGAGUGCCCCAGGGGGUGUCACUCAAACUCAAGUUGAACCGAGCCAGUCAGACGUACUUCUUCCCCAUUCACCUCACAGACCAGGUGCUGCCUAGUGCCAUCUUCUACGCGACUGUGGGACCCUUAGUCAUCUAUUUUGCAAUGCACCGACUGAUCAUCAAACCCUAUCUCCAAUCACAGAAGGAAAAAGAACUAGAAAAACACAGAGAGAACUCGGCAAGUACUGUGGCGGUAAAGAAACAGGAGGCUGAGGCAUCGGUCCGGUUGAUGCAGGAAUCUGUGAGGAGGAUUAUAGAAACUGAAGAAUCCAAAAUGGGUCUUAUCAUAACUAAUGCCUGGUAUGGGAAGUUUGUGACUGACAACAGUAAGAAGCACGAGAAGGCCAAGGUGAUCGAUGUGACAGUUCCUCUGCAGUGUCUAGUGAAGGAUUCCAAACUCAUCCUGACUGAAGCUUGUAAGUCUGGCCUGCCGGGGUUUUACGACCCGUGUGUCGGAGAAGAGAAGAGUUUGAAGGUGAUUUAUUUGUUCCGAGGAGUUUUGCAUCAAGUCAUGACGGGGAAUGCCGAAUCACUGAGAAUACCCAAGCAAUCUCACAGAGUUGACGUGGACGGAUGAACAAGUGGGAAUCCUACGUGGACAGUCAUCUGGGCUUGGACUUGACUUGAACACAGACCAGCUGCUAAACAACUUCUCCUAUAAAUUAAAUUUAACACAAAUGCACAUAUGAUUUUUAUGUAUGUAAGAGUUUUGUGGGUGGGGGGGGUGGGAGAGAGAGAGAGAGAGAGGAGGGAAAGAGAUCUUUUCCAUGUAUAGAAGAUUUAAAAUGCUUUUACAGGUCAUUCAAUGGUCAACACACAAAAGGACGGGCACUAGAUGCUGCCACAUGACCCGGGUCACUGUGAAGCACUACCUGAUCCAACAGAGUGUGAGAGUGUGGAACCUCAACUAAGCAGCGCCUUUCCUGGCAGAAGACUGAGUUUUAUUAAAUCUAUUUGAUGUACAAUAAAGAAUAAAACCAGA